UGCUACACCGACCAACUUUGGAGAGAUCGGUAAUAGAUGGACGUCACUUCAAAGACGCCUCGUUUGCUGCUGUCCUACUGGCCGUAUGUGCGGUGGCGUCCAGAUACUCAGACGAUCCUCGAGUAUUAGUCCGACGAAACCUCAAAGCUGUCGAGUGGUUGGAAGUGGGCGAAUCAAGUUAUUGGUAUGAACAGGGCCUAUCCCGGGAAUGGAUGCGCCUUCUCUGCUUGAUACGCAACUUUGCUCUCCUCGGUUAUUUCGUGUUAGGAUCAUCAGUGCCACACCAAGCCUGGGUAGCCGUGGGCAUAGGCCUCCGAAUAGCACAGGAUGCAGGUGCCCAUAGGAAACGGCCCGGCGACCGUACAAAAACUGCGGAAGGAGAGCUAUGGAAACGCGCUUUUGUGAGUAUGGACAGAUUACUCAGUUCAGCACUAGGUCGCCCGUGUAUGAUCUAUGAUGAAGAUAUUGAUGUCGACUUGCCGACUGAGUGCGAUGACGAAUACUGGGAACAUUCGGACCCUCAGCAGAUGUUCACGCAACCAGCAGGACAACCCUCCGCAGUAUCAUACUUCAAUUACCAUCUGCGAUUAACCCGCUUGCUAGUGAUCUGUUUACGAACAAUCUACUCCAUCCGCCACUCCAAAGUCAUACUCAAACUGCUAGACGAAAACUGGGAACAACAAAUCGUUGUGGAGCUCGAUUCGGGACUCAAUAAAUGGAUGGACUCCCUCCCGGAACACCUGCGAUGGGACCCGGCCCGAGAGAACCUCAUGCAUUUCAACCAAUCCGCUGCACUACAUCUUUCGUACUACCACGUACAGAUGCUGAUUCAUAGACCUUUCAUCACGGCGCCAGAACAUGAUCCGUCAAAGGCCCGCUUUCCAUCUCUAGCCAUAUGCACUAAUGCGGCCCGUUCUUACUCCCGGGUCGCUCAUAUCCAGAGCUGUCGGAGCGGAAUGAUAUUCCCUGUCGCUGGGGUGAGUGACCUAUUGACAUUCAACGCUGCGAUCAUCCUGCUAUUCAACAUGUGGGGAACGAACAGGCCGGAUGUUGGGUCCAGGAGGGAGAUGGACGACGUGCAAAAGUGCAUGGAAGUUCUUGCAGAUAUGGAAAAUGGGUACGAGUAUUUACACUCUCGACAUUUAUCAUCGAUCCUGAAGGGGAAUGCACUAGGUACCAUUAUGCAGGAUUACUGUCGUAAGCAGGUACAAGUACUUCCUAUCUCCAACCGCUAA